UUCCUCAUUUUCCGUUUCCUUUUAAAUGGUUGCGUAUUAAAGGCAAUUUAAAUCAAUACUCCUAUGCGAUAGAUGGCGAUAUAAAUGUUUAUAUUUGUAAAACUACAAUUGAAAAUACGAAGAAGAAAAUGAAGGUGUGAUAAAUAUGGCUUGUUUUGAAGAAGCACAGUGAUAAUUACAGUCAGUUCUAAUUGUGGAAUUUUAACUUGUGUUUCGUUUUCGAAGAUGGCUUCAUUGAGGAAUUUAUCCGGGGUAAACGUUGUGCUUGUUAUGGCAUACGGCAGCCUGGUUUUUGUAUUGCUGUUUAUUUUUGUGAAGAGGCAGAUUAUGCGGUUUGCUAUGAAGUCCAGAAGGGGUCCUCAUGCACCACUAGGACACAAUGCCCCUAAGGAGCUAAAGGAAGAAAUUGACACUCGUUUGUCAAAGGUCCAAGGCAUAAAAUAUGAACCUAGGCUUCUGGCUGAAAGUGAUGAACGCCUUUGUCAGCAGCAGGACCUUGGCAGCCAAUGCUGCUAUAAUUACCUUUAUAGAAUGAGAGCUUUGGAUGCCAUUAGAACAUCAGAUAUUCCCUUUCAUGAUAUUGGGAAAAAUCCCAAGUCUUUAACUGGCAAAAAUUUCAAAACGUUUCUUUUGGAACUGAGUACAUCUAAUUCACCUUUUAAGGGACUUAGGAAGAACCUAAUAGACACUUUACUAGAAGGUUAUGAUUUGGCUCGUCAUGGUACUGGGGUAUUUGGAGAAGCAGAGUACUUGAAGUACCAAGAAGCCUUAACUGAGCUUGCAGCUGUGCUAAAAGCAUGUACUGGGGAGAACAGCCAACGUGAACAGCAUCAGUGUGCAGCUAAAGACCUGACCAGCUCUCCUGAGACGUCCUCUCCGUCCACCAUCCAAGUAACCUACUUACCUUCCAGUCAAAAGAGCAAGAGACCCAAACAUUUCCUUGAGUUGAAAAGCUUCAAAGACAAUUACAACACAUUAGAGAGUACAUUGUAGCUCUGCAGUGCAUUGCUAAACUACAGAGACUUGUGUGCUACAGUGUGCAGUGCCGAGAGUACUGUGGUGUUGGAAUUGGCCUGCUUAAUAUUAAAACCUUAUGAAGGAGACCUCGUCAUUUUUUAGGAACCUGAAAUACAAGUGGAUGUAGCAUAGAAUAAUUCUGCAUACUCAUCAUUUAAAGACUCAUUUUUUUUUUUACUUCAAACUUUUUAAUAUUGGAUGUCUAUAUUCAUAAUGUAAAUAUAUAUACAGAUUAAUGAAUAAAUCCAUAUUUGUAAUGAUGAUGAAA